CCGACAAGGGAAGAGAUGUGUGCGCGGGUUGUACGGCUGAGCCUCCGCGCCCUGUUGGGCGGGUGCCGGGGCUUCACCUCCAAAGCCGAUUCUCAGGGAAGCACUCGGGUCACCGCCGAGAUGAUCGAGCACCUGGAGCGUCUAGCGCUGGUGGACUUCGGCAGCCGCGAGGCGGUGGCGCGGCUGGAAGAAGCCAUUGCCUUCGCCGAUCGGCUCCGCGCAGUGGACACUGACGGGGUGGAGCCUAUGGUGUCGGUACUGGAGGACAGAUGUCUAUACUUGAGAUCGGACAAUGUAGCAGAAGGCAACUGUGCUGAAGAACUACUACAAAACUCCCAACAUGUCGUGGAGGAGUAUUUUGUGGCUCCCCCAGGUAAUAUCUCUUUGCCAAAGCUGGGUGAACAAGAGCCUUUUCUACACAGCUGAGUAGCUAUUCUGGGAAGGGGGUACCCUGGGAACAGAUGGAAGGAAGUGCAAUGAGUGUUUUAUUACUGUGAACCUUCAUGUUCUCAAUUCUUUUAGUCACCUGAAAAAACGGAUGCUUAAGCAUUUCUUACUAACUCUUCUGAAGACAGAACUGGAGAACAUCUAGCCCAAACAAGGCAAUGAGUUCCUGAUGCUAAUGGAAAUAAAAGGAAAGAGCAAGUGUUAGCUUCCAAUGAAAAGGAUCAAGUAUUUACUUACAGGCCUGUUUAGUAUGGAAAACAUUUUCCUCCAUUAUCUGCCCCUAAAAAAGAUGUCUAAUAAACUGUAUAAACCUGAAUUUUUCAAUUUAUACACUUAGCAGAUAAGAGCAUCUGAUCACUAUGUAACAACUUAAGUUGUUAUUUUCUUUUCUCUUGCUUUUUCCAUUGAUUUGAGCAGCCUUAUCUUUAUCAAACAUACUUGAAUUUGUUCUGGGAUAUCUAUUUUAUUAUAAGCAGAGGGCUCACUUUCUGCAAAGAUCUGGAAAGCCUUAAAAGUAAACUAUAGCUUGGAAACUAACCUAGAACCAUCUUCCAUCUCUGUUUUUUUUUUCCCCUUGGUGGUAAUGGGGUUUGAACUCAGGGCCUCAUGCUUGCUAGGCAGGCACUCUACCACUUGAGCCACUCCACCAGCCUGCAUCUUCCAUCUCAUAAGGUGAUUAUAUCCAAACAAGAUAUGAGCUACAUCAGUAGUUCCUUUUUGAAAAGAGAACUUAAUAUAAAAAUAGUCCUGGGUUUAUUUUCAUGCUUCCCACUAUCUUUCUCUGCAAUGCUCCCUUUUUCUUUAAAGCAACUUAAAAAAUCAGUUUGAAUUUUAAGAGAACUCUGAACCUGCCUUAGGGUUGAACUUCUCAAACCACCAUCAAAACAACUAUCACCAUCCCCAAGUAAAGC